AUGAAGGCUGAUGUGGACAAAAUUGUGUCUCUGUCGGAUAAAGACAGUAUUCCUGAGCUCCAGAAGUAUCUUUCUUCGCUUGUGGAUGACCAGUUAAUGACAGUGAUCACCAACAGCGCACUGAAAGGGAAGAUGGUUGGAACUAUGAUCAAAAGUAUAUUUAAAGGCUCCCCUCCCACUUCCACUGAGGGGUCCAAAAGAAGACUUCUGCUGUACCAACACUGCAUUACUCUGUGUGAGUCUGGGGACCUACAGACUGAGGUGGCAGCUGAUGUGAUGGGACUGCUCAUGUUGGAGACACACUUGCUUCCUGGCCCCUCCCUCGUGCAGCUUGCCAACCACUUUGUUGACGCCAUCAAAGUGGGAAAGAUGAGCAGCGGGAAGUCGUUGGAGCUUUUCCCCACCGUCCUAACGGCUCUGGCAGCAUGUGAAGCUGUAGCUUAUGGCAAAGGUGAACUAAGCGGAGAAGAGUUCAAAAAGCAACUGAUCAACAGCCUUUGUUCGAGCAGAUGGGACCCGCAGUGCGUGAUUCACCUGACGACCAUUUUUAGAGAUGUCCCAUUGUCACCCGAAGAACUGCGGUUUGUGGCGGAGAAAGUGUUGCGAAUGUUCAGUAAACUCGAUUUACAAGAAGUCCCUCCACUCGUUUACCAGCUCCUCUUGUUAUCUGCAAAGGGAUGUAAAAAACAGAUCCUAGAUGGAAUUGUGGGUUAUUUUAAAGAACAAGACCAAUGCCUUGAAGAAGAGCAACGGCGCGGGCAGAGCCUUGACCUAGAGUUUGAGUCUAUUCCCCACGACCAGUUAAGACACGUGGAAGGCACCGUUAUCCUCCAUAUUGUCUUCGCUAUUCGACUCGACCAUGAAUUGGGGAGAGAUUUCCUCAAAACCUUUAAAACGUCCUAUGCAGACAUGUGCCCCUUCAGCGUGGCUCUGCUGCUGUCGGUCGCUCGUAUUCAGCGCUAUGAGGAACAGGUUUUCGAUAUGUUGAAAAGCGCAGUUAUCAAAAGCUUCAAAGACGAGCAGCUGCAGCAAGGCUCAAAGAUUCUACAGGAUCUUUUGCCAAAACAUCGCAGUGUUUCCCAGAUGAUCCUGGACACCGUCAAGAACAGUGUGUUCGGUUGGGAUCAUGUAACCCAGGGCCUGGUUCAGCUGGGCUUCUUUCUCAUGGACACAUUUGGACCGAAGCCUGGGCCGUUUGGGAAAGCAGCGGAAAGCUCUACGGCUUUAGCCAGGACGCCCAAUCAGCUGGCGUGCAAGCUGGGGGGGCAGGUCCUUUUGCUGGGCUUCAAGACGCACGAGCCGCUCCGAGGUGAAAUACUCGAGCAGGUCCUCAAUCGGCUGGUCACAAAAACCGCUUCACCCGUCACUCAUUAUUUGGACCUGUUUACUGAUAUCGUGGUGUCAGCUCCCAUGAUCCUCCUGGAAUCUUCAUCCAAAGUCAUUGAGACGUUUGACCAGCUGUCGUAUUUGCCCCUAACAACAGUGCAAGGUCUGCUGAAGGCUGUCCAGCCUUUACUCAAAGUCAGUAUGUCGCUGAAAGAUGCGCUGAUUUUAGUCCUACGCAAAUCAAUGUUUUCAAGUCAACUCGAUGGCAGAAAGUCGGCAGUUACAGGUUUCCUUCUGCUCCUGAGGAACUUCAAAGUGUUGGGUAGUUUGUCUUCAAGUCAAUGCAGCCAGAGUAUCUCCUCUAGUCAGGUCCAAGUGGAUAUUCAUUCACGCUACAACUCCGCCGCCAAUGAAGCUUUCUGCCUGGAAAUCCUGAGCAGCCUGAAACGCUGUCUGGGUCAGCAGGCGGAUGUGCGACUUAUGCUUUAUGAGGGGUUUUUUGAUGUUCUUCGGCGCAACUCUCAGCUGUCCAGCUCCAUCAUGCAGACUCUUUUAUCACAACUGAAGCGUUACUACGAGCCGGAGCAAGACCUACUUCCUCCUGUUAAGUUGGAGCCGUGCAUCUCGGCUCAUGGGGAUCAAGUUUUCCUGCAGGAGCCUCUGGGCCAUCUGCUGAGCUGCACCAUCCACUGUCUGCUGUGGCUUCAGAACAUACACAAAGCUGCCACUGGGGGGGACAGCGAUGAUGAUGAUGACGAUGAGGAGGAGGAGGAGGAGGAAGGUUACCAGGCUGAGCUGCUCGCCGUCCUGGAGAGUUUGACCAGACGCAUGAUCAAGAGCGAGCUGGAGGACUUUGAACUGGACAAGUCGGCAGAGUUUUCCAUGAACUCCAGUGUGGGACUGAAGAAUAACAUUUAUGCCGUUCUGGUGAUGGGGGUGUAUGAAAUCCUCAUCGAGUACAACUUCCACAAGGCCAAUUACAAUAAAACUUGCUUUGAAGGAAUAAUAGAGUUAUUUAAUCGCUAUCACAAGAUUUCCGAGAUUCUGAAGGAGAAAGCUGGAAAAGGCCGGGUGGCUUCAAACAAGACACCCCGAAGUCUGCUGUCCAUGAAUUAUAUUUCAAUUCUUCUGCCUGCACUUUUCAGAGACAGCACUCAGAGCAGAGAGGAGGCGCUGUCCGUUCUGCGCGCUAACGGAGAGUUCGUGAGGUAUUCGCUCUGUGUGGCCAUUCAGAAAAUACAGCAAGUGGAGGAGACUGGACACGCUGACGGCCCAGACGGAACGAACGCUGACAAAGCCUUUAGAUUCCUGUGUGACAUGACCAGUGUCCUCAUGUGGCGUUACACAAACAUCCCCAGUGCGGUGGAGGACGCUGGUAAGAAGGAGAAGCGAACUACUUUGUCUCUGCUGUGUCUGGAAGGACUGCUCAGAAUCUUCACCACAUGUCAGCAGCGCUUCCCAGAGAGAAUGGCUCAGCUCCUCUCUGCCAUGGAGUCCGAAGAUGAGCUGGAUGAAGGCAAUGUCACUCAGUUAAACUACUUUUACAUCCGACAGUUUCAGAGGGUGCUAUUUGCUCAACUAAGCGGAGAAGAGGACGAAUUCAACAGCAAAGAGGCUCAGCUGAUUGUCAACAUUCUGAGUGUGCUUUCGAGACAGCUCAAGCCUUCUUCCCAGGAGUUUGUUCAGAUGAUCACGUGGACCGUAAAACUCUGCAAGGAGACUAGUUUUGAGGAUUCGCCGUUUGCCAAAGGACUGCUCUCGCUGCUCUUCAGUCUUCAUGUCCUCUACAAAAGUCCAAUGAGCCUUUUGUUGGAACUCUGUCAGGAUAUACACAGCCAGCUCGGGGAUAUUGAUCAGGAUGUGGUGGUGGAGAAAACAUCGCACUUUGCCAUCGUCAACGUGAAGACGGCAUCAACUGUAGCAAUGCUGGUGUUGUCUCAAGUUGACAGAGUGCUGGAUGAAGUGGAUUGGCUUAUUGCUAAAAAGAAAAACCAAACCACCAGUGAAAAAGUAGGAAAUGGUGAAGCCACACAGAACGCAGGACAACAAGAUCCCAUUGAAAAAGCAGUGACCCUGCAGCUGGGGACUCUGCUAAACGCCCUCAUCGAGCUGGUGCAGACAUCACUUACACCCGGAACCUGGACCAUCACUCUGCUCCGAGCCAUGAGCAGAACCUACACCAUCCUCACGACACAGGUCAAAUACUACAUCCACGUUUGCUCAAAUCAUGGGACAUUACCUCCGCGGUUUGAGAAGUUGGUCAAACUGUCCGGCUCCCGCUGCACCCCCCACUGUUACAGCUUCAUUACAUACGCACAGAGCGGGGAAACCAGUGGCGGUACAGACGACAAGAAGAAAAAGAAAAAGAAUGAACCCAACAUAGCUGCUUCUGCAAAACUGUUGCGUGAAACAAAGACCAUUCCCGAUUUGAUCUUCAGCAUCGAACAGUACGAGAAGUUCCUGAUCACGCUGUCCAAAAAGUCAAAGGUGAACCUCAUGCAGUACAUGAAACUGAGCACGUCCAGAGACUUCCGCAUAAACGCAGCCACUCUGGACGCGGCGCUUCAGGAUCAGGACAGCAGUCAGCAGACCACGGUGUCGCAGGGAGACGAGCAGGAGCCACAGGAGCCCGCGGAGAAGAAGAAGAGGAGGCGAUAA